AAACACCAUCCAGGUAAGACAUGAUACAAUGUUUGCUGUUAUACUGGUAUAUAUUCAAACCUAGGACCUCCAAUUUCAUUCAACCUGCAACAGUGGAGGGUGUGGAGGAGGGUGAGGGGGGAGGUAGUGAGGCAGAGAGUGAGGGAGGAGAGGAGGAAGGGGAGGACAAAAGACUGUCUCCUGACGAGUGUGCUAAGAGGAAAAAGUGGGAGAGGGAGCAGGAGGAGCUGAAGGAGAGACUGGAGGUAGAGGAUGGGGAGGAGGUGGCCAGCUGGGAGGGGGACACACUCCCAUUUGCUCGUCUCACCACCAUUGCUGGGGUGGACAUCUCAUUUGACAAGGCUCACCCUGACCACGCAUGUGCCAUGUUGACUGUACUCACCUACCCUCAGUUGAAGCUGUAG